AUGGUGAGAAUCAGUGAGUUGUCUGAUGACUUGCUGCUUAAGAUAUUAACGUUUCUUCCUACAAACGUUGCCGUCUCCACAAGCCUUUUGUCGAAACAGUGGCAGUUUCUUUGGACGUGGUUGCCUAAACUUGAGUACAAUGAGUAUGAUACCAGUGCCUCUUCGGCCUUGAGUUGUCGUGAUUUUAUUGACAAGAAUCUGCCAUUGCAUAGAGCUCCGGUCAUAGAAAGCUUGCUCCUCAGAUUUCGUCGUAGUAGUUUAAGGAAACCUGAGACAAUCAAGCGAUGGGUUGGGGUUGCGGUUUCUCGCUUUGUGCGUGAGCUAAGUAUUUGGAUGUGA